CGACGCGCGUCCGCACACGUCCUGAGCGGAAAAACCGGUGGCCGCGGAGACGCGUGACGUGGAAACGGGAAAACCGUCGUCGACGUCGUGUCCGGACCGUUCGCCCGGCAUACGUAUACGGUCGAGUUCUCGCCGCGUAUUCACCGAUAUCAUAAUACCCGCAUCGAUUGUAACCAAAUAUUUUUUGAUCUAGUCACCGGUCGCGUGACCACAUAUGGACGGCGGCAAACGGUGGUCGGCUACGGUGGUCCGAUCGUCCAACGGCCGUCCGGACGAAAUACGCCUGGACGACGGCGGUGGUGGCGGUCGAUAUCCGUUCGUCUGGCUCAGGAACAACUGCCAGUGUCCGGGUUGCACGUCCGCCGAGUCCGGUUUCCGGAAACAAGUGAUCCGCGAUUUACGGUUUCGCUCGGCUCCGGUCGAUUUCGAAGUGAGUAUAACUAUUAUUACGACUGUAAAUUUAACGCAGUGAAAAACCUUAAAAAUGCACGAAAAAUACACUUGAAAUAGUUUUAAAUUAAAUUUUUAUAUUUAUUUUGAUAGAUAUUACUGAUAUUACUGAUAUCGAUAUAUCGUAAGCUCACAAAUAACUAGUCUAAGCAAUAUUGCAUUAUUUGUUCGAAUCCUUAUCUUUACCUAACCCGUAUGGCCGUAUAUAUAAGUUAUGUAAAAUAUUAUUUUAUAAAAUAUAAAUUUGACGUAAAUAUAGCAUGUGUAAAACAAAAAAUAUGUAUGCAAGGAUGUUUAUUGACGGAAUUUGAUUAAAAAUACCGGAAAAUAAUCUAAAAAGAGAAAUAUCACUUAACAAGUCCAAAAAAUUAACUUUAAAAAUUAAAAACGCAAAAAAAAUGCAAAAUAAAAGUUUCAUAAAUUAAUUUUUUAUUACAUAAUUUAAAUUAUGUACUUAGAAAGCUACUUUUUACAAUCAGCUAAAAAAAUUAAUUUUCUUACAAAUUUACAACCUUACCUAUUAUUCUCGUUUCCAAUUUCACUCGAAUCAGUUUAAAAAAAUUAUUUAAAAAUAAUAUUCAGAAUCAAGACAAGUAUUUUAAUAAAGUACCACCAGUCAGAAAGCAGAAUAUAAAAUUGUGAAUUGUGAAUUUUCUUCGCUCUGCCCAAAAUUAAGUUAAUUUUGAUAAUUUUUGAUUUGCGAACUCGGAUCUCUAUUCGAGGGGUAGAAGCCCUGUCGUAAUUUAGCUAUGAUAGUAUUACGAUUAUUGUAUACAUUAAGUGAAAUUUAAUGAAACGCCACUUCACCAGAAUUCAGUGUGAAAAAAAAAAAAAUUUUUUUGUCAUAUCAACAACUGCUGCAGCAGACAGCACCUUCGUGACGUUUAGUAUUUAAUUUAUUUUAAUUUAAAACGCGUUUAAACAUUUAACGCAUUUUGCAUUCAGUGUUGUUUAUUUAUAUUUAGGUACCUAGUGAUUAUUUCUGUUGUUGUUGCUUCUGUUAUUUCUUUUGAUGACUUUUCUAUUAUAUGAGUUGUGAAAUUAAUACAAAAGGCAUUCGUACGUUUAUACCUACAGGUAUUACAUGAAAUUUAGCGCUUUGUUUCUAAAAUAUUUUUAAAAUUAUUAACAGAAGUAAACGACGUAUAUUAUAAAACUUUUGCGUACUUAUAAGUAUAGAAUACAAAACGUUAACAAAAUUCGACAUUUAAAGUAAAUAUAAUACCGUUUUUGUAUUUGUAUAAUUUAAUAUUAUAUAUUUUCUGUAUCUACCUACGCUUGGAUACUUGAUAAAGAAUUCAUUUAUACUUACCUUUAUUAUUUUUCCCGUAGACUAAUAUUAUAACAUUGUAUAACUUUUGAAAUGAUUAAUUAAAUAUCUGUAUUACUUUAUUUUUUCUGUCACGAUAUUUCUAAUAAUCUGUGUUUUAUUCGUACUCAUUGUUUCAGAAUCACUGACUCGGAAACAUCAUUAUAUAUUAUUAUAAGCUAUAAUUUUGUUUGUUGAAGUUUUUGGUCCAAUUCGUUAUUUUAGUUAUUAUUCAAAAUAUUUUAAACUAUAGACGAGAGAAAUCUUUUUAUUUUACAAUAAUAUUAUGCAGUAUUCAAUAAUCGUUUAGGUACCUCUAAACAGUUGAACAUUGUUGUCAACAUUUGUCAAAAUUUCAAGUCUCUACGUAUAUUUUUGACUGAAUUAUAAUUUAUUUAAAACCAAAAUUGAAAAUAAUUAAAGCAUUAUUUUUGUAAAUUUUCCCAUUUUUCCUACGUUUUUCCGGUUUUUCCCAUUAAUUAGGAAAACUAAUAGUAAAUUCAAAAAAUGAAUUCUUUAAAGUAUCACUCCAGGAAAAUUUCCUUUCAGAAAAGGUGCUAUUCUUGAUUCAAAAGAGCAAGAUUUCUAGUAGAAUUUGUGUACACUGUAAAAAAAAGUUUUAAAAAUAAAAACAUAGUAAAACAUUGCAUUCCUUGCUCUACUCAGAAUCUAAAAUAUAUUGGUGUAAGUUGAUCGCCACCUAAAUUUCUGUCCUUUUGGAUAUUUUAAAUAUUACGUUUUUCCACCAGGUUACGUAUCGAUAUGUUGAAUUUGUUUUUACUAAAAAUUGUUCAGUUCAAUAUAACUGCUAUAAGUAUUUACAUACCGAUUUAAUAGAUAAAUAAUAUGUUUAACACAAUGACCUAAUCUCUUUUUUUUAUAUCUAACGAGAUCUCCGCCAAUAAUAAUACGCCAAUAUGAAUUUAUUAAACCAAUGAUUCGCAAAAUUGUUAAAAAAAAAAAUUAAAAAUGUUCAAUAUUUCUCCUCCUGUCACUAGAUCGUGUUUAAUGUGCAUCAACACAUUAUAUAGAAUACACUUUUAUUUAUAAUAUCUUAAACAAGGAUGAUUAUUGGAUAAAUAGGGUCAAUAUUGAAAUCAGUUUUUAUGUAAUAAAACCAGUGAUGUUUUAUCCCAUAAAAUCUUUAUGUGGAGUAUCUAGUUAACACAUAAUUUUUUUUUUCACAUUAUUUGAUUUUACUUUGAUAAUGUAUCCAAAUGGUUUAUUUAAAUAUCUAUAAUUGUUUUAUUAUUUUAUCCAUAAAAAAAAAAUAAAUUAGGUGACUAGGUAUAGUAGGCAUACUAUGGGUAGUAUGACUAACCAAUUUACAUAUAUUCAAUAAAUGUAAGUAACAAUAAUAUUGUAAAAAGUCAACUUGACAUUUUUAUCAAUAAAUAAAAUUACACGUGUAAACAAAAACAAAAUAAUUAUUAUAAUAAUAAUACUGCAAUGUAGGUGUUUUUGAAUGAACGCUAGAAAUGAAAUUUUAAAUGUAUUAUUUUACCUGGUACAAUAAACUUUAAAAGUAUUCUCUCUAAAAAAAAAAAAAAUGUGUAGGUUAUUAUUACUGUUUUUUUGGUGUUAAUAAUUUUACACACAAUAAUAAUAUAGUAUUAUAAUAUUAUGUUAUCACUGAAAGAGUCUCAAAUAUUGUGUAUUAUGUUUUAAGAAAUUAAAAUAAUUUAAAUAUACAAAUAAUAAUACGAAUUAAGUUAUAAUAUAAUAUACUCACUAUGUAUAGAACUAAUAAUUGAAAAAUAUACAAAAUAAAACUUAAUAUUUUUAUUUUUAUCAUGGGGAAAUUUAACGUCUACUCGCCCAUCGUAUUCUUCAUCAAGUAUACUGCUGUAAAAACAAUUCACGGUUUCGUAAAUUGGAAAGUUUUUUCAAACAAUUUAACAGCCUAUUACAUAGGUAAUAUUAAAGUCGCACGUUUUUAAAACUAUUGUUAAGUAGUUAAAAUGUUAAUUGACUUGACUCUUUUAUAUACAUUUACACAACAGCAGACUGUUUGCGUACACAUAUUAAAUUGCCCUUAAAAAUACCGAUACUUCAGGUACCUACCUGAAACAUACUUGCAAUUUGUAUGCUCAUUAUACAAACAUUUUUCUUAACAUUUCGGGAAAAUUAGCGUAUGGUAUAGACAAGUUUAACAGAAAGAAAAACAGUGUUAAAAAUAGAACGGGACGUUGCAAAAUGAACGAAAAGUGAACAUGCUCAGGGACACUCAUAAAGAGCUCCCAGUGGUAUAUUUAGGUAGGUACUCUAUUUAGGAUUCAAACUAUAGAUAACGAGGACUCUAAAUACGAGCAUAUAUAAAUUACUUAUAAAUUAAAUUAAACCUACCUAUAUAUAAUAAUAUUGUUAUCACCGACCUAACAUAACCUAUAGAAUUUGAAGCGCUACACAAUAAUAGAAUACUGAGACCUUAAGACUGUACAUUAGAAAAUCGAAACUUAAACCAAAUCCACAGAAGACCGAGUCUAUAAUCUCCCAUCUCAAUAUCAGACAGCCAUGAUCCACGAUGAACAUCACAUUUAACGGCCAAAGAGUGCAACAACCGUAUACCAAAAUAUUUAUUAUUCGAAAAAUAUUUGAUUGUUUUUUGUUUUGACAGUUUAAGAAACGAGCACCUCUAAAAUAAGACAUUACCAUUAUAUUUUAGUAGAAUAUUCAAACGCCGUGCCAUCACACAAAUUUAACUUCAACAUAAUAUCAUAAAAUAAUUUCAGCGGAUCGACGAAAAUCUAAAAUGUCGACACCAAAUUUUAUUUAAACUAUCAACGGAUAUUUUAAUACAAGCUGCCAUUUUAAAAUCAAAAAUAUAUAGUCAUUUGAUCUCCAAAAAUAAGGGUAACCAAAAAUAAUGGUAAUGCAACGUUUUAUUUAGAGCUGCUUGUUUCUUAAGUUUUCUAGAAAAAAAAAGAUAUUGAUAAAAGUUAAUACUUUUCGAAACACCGAGUGAAGAUACUUAAAUGAAACACACUAUAUCGCUCACAUAAGUUUAACGUGACAAUUGUGUUAAACGACUAUGGUUUAAGCGUUUAGUAAUCGUUAUAAAUAUAUGCAUAAUCAUUAACCACGUAGUAAUAACGUAUGCGUAUAAAGUUUUCCACUAAAAAUAAUAAUAUCAUAACGAUUUUCCGAGUAUAAUUUCCAAAAUUAAUGUAGUUUUUAAUAUCCGGAAAAAGAUUUUGCAGUCUACAAUAUUAUGGGUAACUUAAUAUUAUAGUGUUUGAAUACAAACAGAAUAAUUUAUACGCCCACGGUAAUCCGGAACACAAAAUAAUAAUUACAAACGAAAUUAAACGAUUUCUUUUUUUCAAAUUUGCUCGUUAAUCGUUGUCGCACAGAUUCACAUUAAAAGCGCUCUAAUUUUUAGUAAAAAAAUAUUUUAAAUUCGGUAACGUCGAUUUUUGAUGUUGACAGGCGUUGAGGAACAUUUCUCCGCCCUCUGACGGGCUUUUCAAAUUUCCGAGUCGACCGCUGUCACACAAAUUCACACUUGAGCACACUAAAUUUUUAACGAAAAAAAAUUAAUAUCUAUAAACUGUCAAAGGCCUAAUAAUAUUAGUAUCAAGUAACGUAUAUUGUAUCUACCAACCGAUAUUGAGGAAAUUAGAAUAUCGGAUAUCGAUUUCUUUUCUUUCUAUAAACCGAUAUUUGACCAGUUAUUUUCAGAGAAAAAUAUCUAUUAUAUAAUGUUUCUGGAAUUUCAAAAAAAAAACGUUGGUAAUAUCCAAUUUUUGACCGAUAAGUUGCUUAAUUAUUUAAUAUCAAAUUGCGGUAUUCAAUUUCGAGUAUCGAUAAUAAGUAACAAACAAAGCGAAAUUUCGGAUGUAGGAAAAAAGUAAUAUUGGCUGACCGCUAUAGAUAAUAUGAGUAUAUAUAUCAUUCACGGUGUCGAUAAAAUGGGAAAACUCGAGUCGGGUCUCGAGAUAUUUGAUCGCUUAAACCAGAGAUUCCCAAACUGUUUUUCUCGUAGACCCCGUGCCAAUUUUUUCUGUUUUUCAUAGACCCCUAAUAUUGAAUGUUUACAAAUUCAUCAACGUGUUUUUGACAGCUUACACGGAGCUACUUACUUGAAUAAUGUUUGCUAUGAAGUGAAACAUUUUAAAAUAAAAAAACGUGUUCAAUUUUAUUUUAUUUAUACUUUUUUCUUUAAUAAUGACAAUAUUUAUUUAAUUGUUUAAUUAUUAAAACGACAGAAAAUGUAAAUUAAACGUAAUAACAUAAAAAUACAAAUUAGAUUUUUAAUAAAAAGGAAUAUUUGGCUUCAAAUUAAUCAGGUUUAACCUUAAAUCUCCUCUACCAGUGAUUUCCAAUCUGUUUCUUUUUUUUUAUAAGAAGAUAACUUAAUAACUAUCGUAAAUCCCUAUUUACACAUCAUGCACCCCCAAUUUUCCUUUUCGUUGACAUGGACCCCUUGCAGGUUAGAAUCGACCCCAAUGAGUCGAUAUACUUUGAGAACCUCUGGCUUAAACUAAACACGAGUUAGGUCCACAGUGUAAUUUGAACGUAUCAGAUCUGCGGUAAGAUUUUAUUUUAAUGCUAUUGAUAACGAUGGCUGGACAGUAGUAGUAGUGUGAUAAACCAUGGACAAAAAGCAAAGUCACUAUAGUUAUGUAAAUUUUUUAAAAAACCAUAAUAAAAAAUUGUAGACAUCGAAAUAAAGUAACAAAAGUGCAUAUUUUAGGAAGCUUUUAAACCAACCUCCAUAUGAUGUGCCCUGGGUAACGCAAAUAGGAUAGCCAAUCCAACUUGAGUCUUCUCAAAAUAAAUAUAAUGCUGGAAUUCAUGUAAUUUAUACAAACAUAUAAAUUCCAAGUCCAAAAGCAUGUGCUUAAUAAAAUACGCCGGGUUCCAAUUCACGCAGUUUUUGAUGUUUGGAACUAAACUCGAGAGGUUACCCGAUGAAUUGAUUGAUAACAAUUUCGACACACUCGGUCUGCGAGUUAUGGUAAAUAUGAAUAUUUUACUUAUGUUUACGAAUCUCCUAACAAGAAUCGAAAACAAUUUUUUGUUUACGCUUUCCGCCAUAACCUAUAACUAAAUAAUAAAAACUAAAUACAUAUUUUAUGUACAUAUAGUAGAUAAAGUGUCUCUCCCCAAUGUCACUUACUAUAUUUUCGAAAUGCCUUGAAUACCUUUACAUUAUUUUAUAACAUCGCGGUCAAUUAGUUAUUCAUAGUCUGCCGUAUUCUUAUAUUGUCAUAUAGCUUUUUACAAGUACAAACCCGAGGGAAUAUUAAAAAUGCAAAUAAAAUGACUUAAAAGAAAAAAAAAUGAAACAUAAAUUUAUUUACGACCAGACGGGACUAAAACUAUUUUAGGUAUAUAUAUAUAUAUAUAUAUAAAUGUAUAUUGUCCGUAUCUGCGAGAGAAUUUUGUUUGGACAUAAAAUUUCACUUGCGCGUUUCAGGUUUAAAAUAUUUUACAUGACUCUUAUAUUAUUAUAUAUUCAUAUUAUAUUGGUGGGUAUCCCUAAUAAUGUGAAUUAACUAUCGGUCAACGUUGGUUGUUGAGUUUUUAAUACGCGGAUAGUGCAUUUUGUAUAAUAUUAUUGUUACAAUAUAUGCAUAAUAAUACAUUUUUACCCUCUGAUGUUAAAACGUUUAGAAAUGUAUACACCCGUAUUAUAAUAUACUAUACCUACUUAACUUUUUCUUUUUCAGAUUACGAGCGAUUCGAAUACGCUUUACGUGAAGUGGGACGACGGCCACGAGAGUACUUACGACUUACAAUGGCUACUGGAAAGACGUUUUAAUGAGGGUCGACAACGCGAGGGAUAUCAGCUGCUGCAGCUGCAGCAAGUCAAAUGGACUGCCAAAUCGUUUGCCACAAUGUUCCGGUCGUUUGAAUACGAGGACGUAAUCAAUAGGUACAUUAUACAUACGUACAUCAAUACAUUACCAUAUAAUAAUAUUAUAUAGUCAUAUCAUUUAAAAAUAUAUAUAUUUAUUCGGGUUGUCUAUUUAGGUCGUUUAUAUUGUAGCGAGAGAAUAUGUCGUGGACGUAUAAUAGCCCGUACCCCACCCCUAUAAAUAACGUGUUUAUAUUAUGCGCCGUGGCAUUAUGCGAGGUGAUAUUAUAAUAAUAUGUUAAUAACCUAUUACAAUAAUAAAAUUAUGUAUAAUUCAUAGUUUAAUACCCACGGCCUUAUCGUAUUCGUGUAUAGCUUUUAAGGUACCUAAUAUCGGAUUAAUAAUAUUUUGUUAUAAGGUUAUAGUUUCAUGAUUUUCUAAUUUAUAUUUGUCAUUACUUAUAAAUCAACCAUUUUGUUUUCCUGGUCAAAUUUUAACACUGUCACAACACAAAAAUAUUUGUUUUCGUUCUUCUAGUCUAUGGACACGUUUUUUUCCUAUUAAACUUACUCCGAUGUAUAAGUGUAGCAAUUUUUUGGAAAGCUUAAGUUGUAGAGAUGGUACUUUAAACAAGUGAUUUUUUGAUUUUCGACGCCAUUUUUAAAAAAAAAAACACAAGUGGGAAAAAAACGUACAAUUUCACGAUUUCAUUAUUUUAUAAAAACACGGAUGACGUUUUUUACCAAAAAAAAAAUGAUAUAUUCAAAAAAUCACAAAAUACUUUUUUGUUGCCUUUUUGAUUUACUUUCUUUGGGUGACAUUGCCACAACUUUUGAGUUUUUAAAGAAUUUUAAAUUUUCUGUAAUUCGGUUAUAAAUACACGUAGAGACUUAAAACUUGGUAAUAAUAUUUAUAUUAGAUUUACCUAAACAUGGUAAAAUUUCCAAAAUGACCGGAUGACUUUUUUUUUUAAUAAUGGAUUUUAAAUCAAAUUAAAAUGAAAAUCGAAAAAAAAAUACGGCUCUUCAAAUUUUCGAAAUCAUCUUUCGUCAAGCAAUGGUUUAUCGUUGCUCACAGAUAUAAAUAAAAUAACCUUAUGUAUCCUACCUUCCAGACUUCUCACCUACAAUAGUGGCUACUCCCAUCCCUAGUAUCAACUCUUAUUUUUUACACCGUGUACAAAAAUUCUACCAAAAAUCUUGCUUAGAUAUAUACGUGUGGCGCCAUUUCUAAAAGGGAAUGUUGUCAAGAAAAAGUAGGAUAAAACGUAAGAAAAUAAGUUUUUUAAAAUAAUGUUAUUAUUAUUAUUAUUCAAUUUUGUUAUUUGUUGAAAUUCAGUUUGAAAUAUUUGUAUCGCCUCUUUGAACUUGAAAUUAGGACAGAAAAUUUAUAUUUUCAUUUUCUAGACCUGGUAAAACUUUCAAAAGCUUUAAGCCAUCCUUGAGCUAUUUAUAGACAAAUCAAUUUUGCGAGUUUUCUACGUAAUAUUUAUUCGGUAAAUACUCUGUAGUAAAAUUGAGUCUUGAAAAAAAUAAUUCAAAUUUAACAGGAAAUUUAUUAAGUGUCUUACUUUAUAUUCAAAUAAAAAAAAAAUUAAGUUUAAUGUAGUAUGUUUGUUUUAUAAGGGAAUUUCAAUAUCAAAUUCUGACGAAAAUCGUUGAGUAAAAAAUUAUGUGGAACAAAUCUAAUUUUUAAAUUUUUUUUUUAACAUAUAUUAUAUAUUGUCGAUUUAAGAACAAUGAUGUAUUCAGAUUUAAGCGAACUAACUGUGUUUUGAAAUUAUAGCUCUUUGAAGUUCUAAUAUUAUGUGGUUAUUAUAUGUUAUGUUAAAUAACUCUAGAUUGUCCAUCUUAAAGCAUAUUUCUCAUGAUCUAAUGGUUAUUAAUGCCUAUUAUCAUUCUAAGGGUUUCAAAAUUAAAUCAUUGUGUCGAAUAUUUUUUUCCUCUUUUACCUAAAUAGCAUUUGGAUGUACCUAAAGCUCGCGCCUUUUAGUCGCAAAAUACCCCUCGAUUUGUUGUACAAACUUUUCUACCAGAAAUAUUGCUCUGAUAUAUCAAGUUUAGAUUAUUUUUUAAAAUGAAAUUUUAUCUCCAUGGUAAUUUAGAGAGCUUAUUUUUUGAUUUUUUGAGCAAUUUUCAUAAUAACUAUGAAAAACCGGGAUAAAAUGUCGGAAAAAUGGAAAACGUACGAAAUUUAGGUACUUUAGUACUAUAAUAUUUCGCCCACCUUUUCUUUCUGUGUACAACUUUUCUACCAGCAAUUUUGGUCUAAUUUACUAAGAUAGCAUUUUUUCUGAAAGGAAAUCUGACCGGUAAGGUAUUUUAGGGAAGUAAUUUUUCGAUUUUCCCCAGAGUUUACCCAGCAAAUGUGAAAAAUCAGUAAAAAACUUAAGAAAAUCGGGAAAAUCGGUACAAUAUUAAACAAAUAUUAUUAAAGAAAAUAUAUAAUGCCUAUUUUAUUGUUUCACCAUAAUAUUACAUAUAUAUUGUUCACAAAUCAUCAUUAUCAACUGAACUGCGCUCAGAAUCGUUUUUUCGUUAGCAAUGGUUAAUCGUCACUUACAGAUAUACCUAUAUUAAAUUACCUAUAAUAGUGGCUUCACACAUCUCCAUUAUCCUAAGACGUCUCUUUUUAAAGAUAAAUCUGAUAGAGUUUUUCAUCGUCAACUCUUUUUUGGGGCAAGAGUAUCGCUAUGAAAAUAAGUUUUAUGUGACUCACUGUAUUAUCGAUCGAAAAUUGGACACAGAUGGUGCUUUUUCAUAAUAUUAUGCUUGCUAUAAUAUAAGUAUAUUUAAUAAAUCUAGAGAAUCCAUUAUAUCGUAUAAUACCUCCGUUCAGUUUGAAAAACAAUAUAAUAAAAACUCUACCUAUAGGUAAUAAACUACGUUCCAUUUUGAAUAGUUUUUAAAUAAACGCGAUAGUUUAUUUUAGCUUUAACGUAAAAAAAAAAAAACACAAUACAUAAUCUUGAAGUGAAACUAGGCAUUUUUCAAAUUUUUACACAGUAUAUUAUAUUUAUAUCAAUAGUACUUAUAAGUAUUUUUUAUAGUUUUUUUGUGCCAAGUAGUUUUGUUUCAUAUUGAUUACAUUUCAUUUUGUUUUUUUUUUUUUAUAGUUUUACUGAUUUAUUUUUCUCCCAAAGAUUCUACCUAUUCCGUUCGAAAACUGUCCCAUCAAAUAUAAUAAACCUGUAUUUGCAAUUAAUUGUAUUAAUUAUAAUAUUUUAUUUUAUUUAUAGGUCAGAAAAAUCAAUAAUAUAUUAUUAUCAGUUGAAUUCGUAUAAUGAAUAAAAAUAAUAUUCUUAUUGUUAGGUGCAGGUACUCGUAUUAUAUUAUUAUCUUUAUAGUACUUUAUCUAAAGCAUUAUCAUUGUAUUGUUGACUUUUUUUUUAGAAAUGCAAAAAAAAUUACAUGUUCUUACUUUUUUUUUCUUAUUAUUAUUAUUGAGUAUUGUUAUUUUUAAUUAAAAAAUAAAAUAAAAUGUAAUAAUGACAAUAUUAAUAAUAAAUGCUGUCGUAAACACUUUGAUUUUGUGUACUAUGGAAUUUAUAAUGGGAUUUCAAAUCGAAUUGUAUAGGAAAUUGUUCGUUAUUAUUACUUGCGAAGCUAAGGUAAAUAUACAAAAACAUAAUAAAUCUAUCUAUCUGUCGAACAUAAAACGCAUAAAGUUUUUAUUUGUACAAUCAAUAUUUCAUUACGGAAACAUGAAUUGUACAAUAAUUUCUUGAAAUAAUCAGACUAUCGAUAAAAUCAAAUACUUAUACAAAUUGCAUUAUUCACCUAAAAUCGCUGCUCACGAACUGAAUAUUUUUUUUUUUUUUUCGUGAAAUAUGAUUCAAUGAUAUUGUUUACACCUAUACAAAUGAAAUAAAAGAAACGCCCGUAAUUAUUUAUUUUUUUUUAUACACUCUAUACUGCAUAUAUUCCAGCCUCAUUUUCGCCAUUUUCCAUAUAACAUUAGGUUCUGUUUCAGCACUGACCGUGUUUAUAUAAAAGGUUUUGUGGAUUUUGGAUUAUUCAUAGGAAUCUCCAGUAACCCGUUGUAAUCUUAAAUUUUCGAUAAAUUGUAUAUAAAAUGUACAAUCACAUAAUAUCAUGUGCAGUUAUAAUUAUUAUUCGUUUUUCAGUGACGACAUUUUGCUACAAUGGUUGGAAACGUUGACAGUGUACGGUAUUUCAAUAGUAAAGGGCUGCGGGUUGGGACAUGACCGAGUAAAAGAACUGGCCGGACGUGUCGCCUUCUUGAAACGGACACAAUAUGGGUAAAGUAUAUAGCGAUAUAGCAUACAUAUACCAGAUACCUAUACAAUAAGACUUAUUAAUCCUCUACGAACUUGCCCAAUAUAAUAUAGGCUAUGUUACAUAAAUAAUAGCUCUACAUUCUAAUAGGCUAUUACGUUUUUAUUCGGAUGUCAUUUUCUGUGUUUCUAAACUCACACAACUUUGUUUUUGUGAUAUUUAAUUUAAUUCAAUGUAUAAUGUAUCCGAUAAAAUAUCGUAACAAAAUUUUCAAAACUUACCUAAAAUGAUAAAGAUUUUUUUAAUGUCUAAUUAUAUAAUAUUAUUAUAUAUCUGAGCACUAAAUAUUUAUUUUUUCUUGGUAAAGUACAUCACGAGUAUAAAACUACAAGCAGUGCCAAUGUAAAAAAAUUAAUUGAAAAUUUAAAAAAAAAUAUAAUUUUUUAUCUAUAUGAAGGUUCGCCGUUAGGCCAUCUCACCACAAAUAUCUAAUCAGCAAAAGUGUAACUAUACAAUAAAAUAUACUAACUCUUUUACGGUUUAUAAUUAAAUAAAUAUUUAUAUAUAUAUUAAACUGGCUUUAUUCGCUAUAAAUGAAAUUCAAGCUUAUAAUUUAAAGCUUUAUAAAAUAUUUGGAAAUAAAUAGUCAGUCGUUUUUUGUGCUCUAUAAAUUAUGAAAAUUAUGUUUUCUUGUGACAUGUGUUUACGCUUUAUUUUAUAGUUUGGAAAGUAUUAAUUAAUAUAAUAUAUAUUUUACAUAAAUUUAAAAACAAACAAAAUUAAUAGUUGGCGGAUAUUUUUUAUAAUAAUUUAAUCAUUUACGUUCAUUAAAAAAAAAAAACAAACAAAACAAAAUAUCGCUAAAAAAAAGUGAAUUUUAGAUAAUCAAAUAAAUUUAUUAUAGACGUGUUAUUUAAUCUUUGAAUUUUAACGAGUAGGUAUUUUAAAGUAGGUAUAUACUAUAAUAUAUAACUGUUUACUCUAAAUGAUAACCAGAUCGAUUUUUAUACAAAUUUCGAUUAUACAAUCAAUGAUUUAAUUAAACAACAUUGUCGUUAGACACCGGGCAGCGGUGUACGCAUUUAGGGGCAAUAUUAUAAUAGGUUCUAUUGUAUACCCUAUAGUGUUAUGCACAACAUUGAUUAUAAAUUCAUAACGGUGUAAUAUAACAGGGUUGUGAAUUUAAAGUAGCAAAAACUGAAUAAAAAACACAUGAUAAAAUACGUGUAUUUAAAAUCAUAUGCUAAAACACUAUAGUCUUAAAAAUCUAGAAUAUACGCCAAAGGAAAUAUUUUGUAAAUUAAUUUUUGUAACAAUUUUAGAGCACAAACGGACAAAUCUGUUAGAUAUGUACUUGUCGACGCUCCACAGUAAAAACGUUUAUUCGCACGUCAAUAUAAUGGGCGUCUGCAAAUUUAUUUUCUAGAAAGAGGUGGGUAAAUGUCUUUUAAUGAAUAAUUUCCCCGUAUUUCACAACCCUUAAUAUAUAUAUGGAAUGUAAAAUAUAUUCGGAAUUAAAGAAAUAUUUUUAUCGAAAUAUCAAAAGCAAUUUAAACGAAAACGUUUAAUAUCGAGUAUGAAAUUUCAAAUAUCAGAUUGGCAACACAUGAAUACACAAAACUAUUCUUUUUGAUAUUCAAUUAAUUAUGUAAGGUUGGUUACACUUUUUUUUAUAUUAUCGCCAUUCUUUUUUAUCACUUCUCGCUAGCUUCCUCGUUUCUAUAAUACAAAGUUUAUGUUCAGUUACGGAAAGAUACAUAAAUACAGUGUCAUCACCAGAGCAAUUUCAGCAAUUUCAGAGUUUCAGCCCUCUUCUAUUAUCGUUUUUAAAGUUUAAAAAGGUAAUAUAACCUAUUUAGCAGUGAAAAUAUAUUUUUAAUAAAACAAUAAUUAUUGCAAACAGGAGUGUCCUAGCCAUAAAGUCUUUAAUCACAGAAAACAAUGGAUCGUUUCCCAGAGUUAGGUUGUAGGCCUGUGGCCCGAUACUUAUGCUUAUAUAUUUGUAUUCUUGUAUUUGUAUUAAUAACAUGUUUCCCUAUAAGCUUUCGAUGAGAAAAAUUACUUCAGUCUUCAAUUUCAAAAGUAGUUUCAUAUAUCAAAUAUUGUUCAGUUAGUACAUUAGAUUCAGAGCGUUUCUCCCUUGAUUUUUUUUUAAUAAUGCAGGUAAACAUCGAAUAAACAGGAAUACCUCCCCAGUCAAUUUUCUUUUUAGAAACAUUAUAAAAUCAUUAUAAGUUGGAGCGAAAUUGAUGUCGCAGUGUUGCGCAAAGAUAAAUAAAUAUUUGUUUAAAUAAAAAAUAAAAGAUAGUUAAAAUCUAAAUUAUCUAGAUAAAGAUAAAAAAUAAAACACUAUUAAUCUGGAUAAAAAAAGAUAAAAUUGUUUUAAUUUUAUUAAUUAAUCUACAAUUUUUUUGUCAUUUUAUAUCAGAUUCUACAAUUUCUAUUCGAAUUUAGAAAUAACAUAAAUAAGCGACCCGGAUAAUAUUAUUACCCAUUACUUUAUAUUUUUAAUUUUGUUCUCUAUUUGUACAUGGUUGAUUUACUAAUGAGACAUGGGUUUUAACUUUCAAGUUCAAUUUUUUGAAUUUCUCGGAUAGAAAUAAAUAUUUAUUUAUCUAGAUAAAUUACGUUAGCUAACUCAAUUAUUCAUCUAAAAUAAUUCAUCAGAUAACCAAUUUUGUUUUUAUCUAGAUAAGAUAAAAGAUAAUUAAUUUAUUAUCUAGAUAAUUAUAUAGAUAAUUUAUCUAAAUAAUGCUUAACACAGAUUGUUGGUUGAAAAUUUGUGCACAGAAAAAAAGAAGGCCGUAAUAUAUUUCAACUAAUAACUAAAUUUCUUAUAUUUUCCCGUUUUUCCUCAGUUUUUUUUCAGUUUUUCAAAUUUGAUGAGAAAAUUCGUGUGAAAAUCAAAAAAUUCAUCCCCACACUGAUUUCCUUUCAGGUAAAAUCCUACAUGUAGAAAUCCAAGCAAAUCUUCUGGUAGAAAAGUUGUACACAAAUAAAAAAAAAAUCUUUGUAAAUCAUAAGGUUUUUCGCUCCACUCAGAAUCUAAAAUCGUUAAGUUCUGAAAUGAUUACUAAAUAUCUACUUAAAAUACAUAUAUCUUAUCAUACUAUAGCAUCCAUUAAUCCUAAUUCUCUGAGAUAUGUUAAGUUAUUUGUAGCUGUUUAAAAUGUUCCAGACCUUAUUAGGUUUGAUGUAAAUAAAAUAUUUUUGCUUCAUUUAUAUUCUAAACAACUUGAAACAAGGUUCAUCAUAAGUUGUGGCAAGUGAUAAAAUAAAAAGUUGAACGUUAUGUCAUUAUUUAUUUUUAUAUACAUUUAAAUUCUAAAUUCUAAUCAAAUUCUUAAAGAAAAAUAAAAAUAAACAAUUUUAAUUUAUUUUUUAGUUAUACAUUAAUAAAUAAUCCUUUGUAAUAGCUCAAAGAGAGAAAUAUAGGGUGGGUAGGAGGAGGUGCAAUACAAAGACAAAAUGUGAGUGAUAAUAAUGCGGAGAAGCAAGAAAGUUCUAAAGGGAAAGAGAAGCGAGAGGAGUGGGUAGUGGCGGUGCAAACUAUUUGUAUGAAUGAGACAGCAACAUUUUCGUUUGAUCUAUACACCCACCCUCCGCAACUCACCAAUCUUUAUUAAAAUAACACAUUUGAAACUUCACCCACACCUCUAGAUACAACUAGAAUUUUAUAUUUUGGAAGGACUUUAGUGCACCCCAAUUGUCAUAACAGUUAUUUACGGAUACGAAAACCCAUUUGCAAUUAGAAUCUAUAAAUCCAUUGAUUUUAUUUAUAACUUGGUUUAUUAUCAACUAUCGAUAAUUCUUUGAUGCUUAAAAUAUGAUUAUACGUCAAAGUACACACUUAGUACAUUAUAUUCAGCAUAGGUAAUAUAAUAAACUAUACGUCAAUACUUGGAGUACAAAUUAGAUAACAUAACUUCAUAACUUUUUCUUCCUAGCCACCCAUGGGACACUUGUCCUAAAAAUUCAGCAUCACGCCGCCACUGACUACCUAUCACUACUAUUCAUACCUCUCGUGCAAUUAGUACGCACGAACGGUCCGCGCACUAAAUUUAGUAAUAAGUGAAAAUAACAAUAAAUGUCACCCACCAAUAAGUCUUUUAUUUUUGAAAAAUAGUAAAAUUUAGAAAAUAAUUUUAGUUACAAAUGUUACAAUUCAGUAAUUUUUUAUUAAAGUCUAUUUAAUUUGUUCAUAUAAUAAUUACAUUGACUUUUGAUUAUGUCUUCAGUAUUGGUUUGUGUUUCCUUGUUGAAUAUUUCUAUUAUUUCGCAUACAUUUCAAUUUUCGUCAUCGCGUGUAGACUUAAAGCUUCUUCAAGAAAUUUAAAAAAUAUAACUUCAUUGUGGUAAAUUUGUAAAUAUAAAACAAACACAAUAGUGCUACCUUAGUGACUUAGUGCAUAGAGUAUAAUAUUGGGAGAAAAAAGGAGCGCUGAUGUCAUGCACAGAAUGAGUAUUUGUUUUUGUUCUAUAAUAUUGUUCGCCGUCGGUCAACUUCUAUCGACGCCGCCACGCAUACAGAUAAUUAAAAUAAUUCAAUUAUGGACAACGUACAAUACCUUGUAACGUUCCGUUUUCAUCCGGGGUAGUCUUUAUGCAGUUUGAGUAUACACAUGAUAUAUCACGCUCUACCUAUUAUACAUAAUAUGAAAAAUACGUGUUGUAACAGUAAUUAAUAUCUCCAGCGGUCGUGGAUCGGCUUGACCCAAAAUCAUGCCACCACUGGAAGUAGGUUUUCAGUUUAAGACUUAUGUUAUUACCUACGUUAUAGGCACAAAAUAGAUUAAAGGUACGUUUACUAUCGAUGUUUAAUUCAUAGGUUACAUGCAUUAUUAAACAAAGAAUCAAAACUAAUCAUCUGUGUUAUUAAUAUUUAUUAUAUUCAGAUAGUAAAUGAGUAAAUUGUGUGUAUAAUUUAUGUAUUUAUAAAAUUAUUUUGAGUUAAUUUAUAAAAAAAAAAAAAAAUGUAUUAAUUUAAUCUUCAUGAGACAAUUUAAAAUAUCAUCUUUAUAUAUAUAUGAUAUAAUAUCAUACAUUUAGAAUCUAAUCUUAAAAAAAAAAAAACGAAAUAUUCGUUUAAUAGAGGAAAAUGUAAAUUGAGAUUAAUUUGCGAACGGUUAUUUUUUCGUUGGUGUGUUGAUCAAAAAUAUCUUUCCUCCACCAUCAAAAAUUAAAAUGAUUCCAUUUCGGGCAGAGUAGUUGAUGACAUCUACGAUAUAGUAUUGUUUGGUAUAAAGUGUAUAGUACGAAAAAGUUUAGGUAUAUUUUAGCCUCUGAGCGACCGUAUCUAAGGCUUUUAACCACACUGUUAUAAAUAUAAAUAAUUAUUUACAUGAGAGCAUAACAUUAGAAUUAUGACAAUAUUGUUGUGACGAAAUAGUAUUGUAUUUAAAUAGAUUCUAUUUUAGAAAAAUUGUUUUUUUAUGUUCUGGUAUAAAAUCACGAACAACACAGUUUUUAUCGUUGUUAAGAUAGUUCCUUGGUUGUCUUCACUGAAUAUCGACGAGAUUCUAUACUAUCUGUAGUUUAACAAUACUUUUUUGACAUGUAUAUAAUAGCCGUUAAACUGGCAGAUCAUUACUCGUCUGGAAAAAAAAUAAAACUCGGUAAAAUUAAACCCCAGAUAAAAAAAAAAGAUUUUUUUUUUUUGAAGAAAGUGAUACAUCAAUAUAUUAUUUGACAGCUUUGUCAAUUUCAAAAAAUUUAACACCUAUCUAAAAUGUACUCAAACAUUACAAAACAAACAAUAGAAUUAAAUGUUUUUUUUUUAAUUUCGAUAAAAUUUGAAAUUUAAAAUUAUUUAGAUUUUUUAUUUUAUAAUCUUAGUCCAAAUUUCUAAUGUAGCAUCUUUUCGAUCAAAAAAUGUUUUCUAGUUUGUAAGUAAGUAAGUCGUUUUUUGAUUCUCCGUAUAGUUAUUUUAAUAAUCGGACAAAAACUGAUUCAUUAUUUUAAAUUCUUUUUUUUUUUUGUUGUUGUUGUAAUGCAGUUAAAAAUAUUCAUAAAGACCUGAAAUUUCAAAUGAAUAAUAAUAAUAAUAAUAUGAUAUAAUAUAAUAUAAUAUAAUAACAAUAAUAAUAUUAUGUUAGACAUUUUUCUUGACUUCUUACGUUUUUUCUCAUUUAUUAUGAAAACCGCUUGGAAAAUUAAAAAAUGAUUUCUUUAAAGUACCAAAUAAAUAAAAUUGCCUUUCAUAAAAAGUGCUACACUUGAUAUAUUGGAGCAAGAUUUCUGGUAGAAAAAUUGUUCACAGAUAAAAAAAAACAUCAUUGUAAAACUAAUACAUUCCUCGCUACGCUCAGAAUCUAAAAUACCAUUAACACUGUGUCAACAUGCCUUUAGGGUUUUAAUUCGGGAAUAGAGAAAAAUAGUUAGUAUGUUGUUAUUUCUGGUCUAAAACUACAUCUAUGCAAAAUGUCAGCUCAAUCCGUUCAGUAGUUUGGACGAGAAGUGUUAAUAAUCCAUCCAUACAAACAGACUUUUCCGUUUUUAAUAUUAGUAGAGUAUAUUGUUAUCAGUAGUAUACGAUAUAUUUUAUAAACCGUAUUAUCAAAAUCUGAAAUCCGUCUAGACGACAAUAAUAUUAUUACUUAAUUAAAUAUUAUUAUGCAGAGACAUACACUGCGCGAUAUAUACAGCUAGAAGGAAUUUAUUUGUUAUAUAAUAGGAUUGCGAUACGAUACACACGAUAAUAUAAUAUAUUAUUGUUAAAUCUGAAACGAUUAAAAUCUUGAAAUAUAGAAUUAUAUUAUGAACUAUAAUAUGUAUAAAAUGAUGGUAAUAUAGUUUCUGAAAACAUGCAAUUUAUUUAAGUAAUGAUUUUACUUAAAUUGACAAAUAGAGCAAUUUACGUUAUGAAAUAUUGUAUCGGAAUUGACAAGUUAAUGCGAUUAUAACUUGUGAAAGAGGAUAAGAAGGUAUAUUCUAUUAUUUUAGUUCAUAAAUUUCCAGUAAGUACAUAGACUGAUCAAAACAAAUAAAAUUGUCACGCGUUGGCUUAUUUGUUUUCAAUUUUCUAGCAGAUAUUCAUCCCGAGAUAAUAAAAUAUAAUAAUAUAUUUAAGAUACAUCGUAAAAAUGUAUCUAUGUAUGGCACGAUAUGUACGAAUACAUGUGGAUUACGCUCGACGCAAUAAGCAAAAAAGUGUAUAAAUAACCACCUCUUUUAACCUUAGACGAAAUGAGGAGAAAAGCAACAAAAAACCAUGCAUUUCGUGUGAAUAGUUGAUAAAUAAGAAUAACAGAAUACAAAACGAUAAUAAUGAAAAAUGUCACCGUGUCGACAAAAAUAAAACCAGCAAAAAAAAAUAUUUCGGAUAAGAUAUACUAUAGGUACAUAAUAAAUAACACGUUAGUUGAUUAAAUUCUAUAAAAAAAAAAAAAAAAAAAAAAAAAAAAAAAAAAAAAAAAAAAAAACCGAGAGAGAAAAAAAAAUGUGAUAUUAUAACGAACACAAAUAAAUGGACAUUAGUCAAAUUAUGUAUACAUGAAUUAUGCGGAAAAAUAAAUGAAAAUCUAAAAAUGUCGCACUGCAGACGACUGUUAUGGAAAAGAAAUAAAUAAAACGAGCGAGUUAUGAAUUUUAGACGAUUUUAAUAAUUUCUAAUAACAUUAAAAUGAGUGUGUAUUCAAUAUUUUAUCUUUUCAAAAAGUAGAAAAAAAGUUAUUGAAAAUGUUCGGUAUGAAAGUACAGAAAUUUAUCGAUUCCUCCGUUUUACUAUCAGGUCCGCCUAUCAAUUGCAAUUAUACAAUUAAUAUAAGAAAAAUAAAUAGGUUAGAAAUAUUGAUUUCUGAAAUUUUGUUGAAUAAAUUAGAUAACAUUAAGGCUUUUGGAAAUUUCAUCACUAAAAUAGGUAAACUAGGAGGUGAAAGUCAAAAUGUUUGAGGACGGAAUAUAUUAAAUUGUACCAAAAUGUAAAAUGGACAAAGCCGCGGGUAAUAAAGAAUCUGAUAGUAUCUAAUAGUAUUGUGUAUAUAUUUAUUUAUUCCAUUGGAAAUUUCAUAUUAUCGCGUCAGUUUCAUAUCGUAAUCUGUAUAAUAAAUGUAAUAAUUGGGUUCAAUUAUAUUAUGAAUUUUACCGAAUCAUCAAGGGAGAUUGAUUUUUAGCUUUGAACGCCCUUAAAUGAAAGGGGAUUGAGCAAUGCAUUUUUGUUUGUCAGUAUGCAAUUAUAAAUGUCAUUAGUAUCUGAAAAACUCGUACUUUUAUGUACCAUUUUCACCAUUUUCUUGGAAGUAUCAAGUAGGAUAGUACACUUAUAAUGGUUAGAACUGUGGAUUUAUUCAAAUAAAAACUCAAAAAAAUCAUCUAUACUUCCAAAAAAAAGACCUGUCACUUAAAUAAAAACACCUGUGAACAGCAAAAUUCUGUUACGAGAGUCGAAUUUCCCCCUGCCUAUUUUGUAUUACAAAAAUAAUAUUUUUAAAACGUUAAAUAGCCGAUAGUAAAAUGUAUUACAAUACUAUAAUCCCAUAGGUUGGUACUACGAUUAUUUACUAUACUUCCAAACAACCGGUGAAAUUUAAUAUUGAGAGCGGGGGGUUGAAAGUUGAAACCCCUAAAAGAAACAUGCAAUAUGUUAAAUGAAAGUUAUUAGCUGGUUUUUUAUGGGUUUUUUAGCACCCUGUGUUCACAGUCCUAAUUGUAUAGUAUCCGGUUGUUUAAUUUUUGCACAACGAAUGUGUCUACAAAACAAAAGAGACGUGGAGGAAGGGGAACUCUAGCUAUGGAAACGUACGUCGCUUUUCGGGAACCUAUCGGAAAAAUCAAAAACCACCUAUAUCAUAAAUAUCAUAUAUAUAAUAUCGGCUAUACCGUGUUCUUAUAUACCCGGGCAUAUUGUAAAAAGUCUGAAAGUAUUACAAUGUUCACCGUACAACACGGAAAUAAAACCACUCGCAUCGACGCAACGUAUAAUGCCAUACGGUGCCGAGUACGACUGCGGCUUUGUCGUAGCUCAUCUUGUCCGCUCGUCGCGAGAUCUAAAAUAUUAUCUAUUGAUAAUAAUUUCGUACACGGUCGUUGGCAAGGCGACCGCAUACCACGGUGGAUACUUUGUUAAAUUGAAUUACACAUACGAAUGGAAACGUCAUAAUAAUAUUAUUAACGUAUAUAAUGUAUACCUACGUUGCUAUAGUACCUAUAUAGAUAUACUUCAGGAUUUUCUCGAGCGACGUGGUGCUGAGCAUAUUAUAAUAUUAAUACCAGAUACAUAUACCAUACAGAAUAUUAUAUACAUAUAUAUAUAUUAAUACAAAAAUAUCGCGCAUACAUCUGGCUAGCGGGUAGAAAUUAAAGGUCUCGACGAUGAUAAUAAUAAUUUAUAAUAACGUUGGCAUAUCGAUGUGUUCGGCACAAACUUCCAUCGACGACGACGGUUAGAUGGUUUGAAUACAAUUAUUCCGGUUCAUUAAAUUCGAAUUGUUGUUUAUUAGAUUAUUAGCUGUAUACACGUAUUAUCUGCGUAUACAUAUUAUUAUAUUAUAAUAGACAAUACGACGAAAUCGACGAAGGAACACGAAGGAACGGUCGGUACACGCAUAUUCGUCAUGACGUCUUGAUACUAUGUUAGUAUUGUCAUCGGGCGCGUAGCCGGGAUUUUUUUUUUACAGAGGUAGACGGUUCGCUUUAAAUUUUGUUAUUAAAGUUAUUAUCAGUACCUGCAGCGUUAUAAUAUUAUACCUGUUUGUUAGAAGCCGUGGACGAACAUUUUUAUCGAGUUUGAAAUAACAAGAAACCGUGUUUGUGCAUUCCUAUUUUUUUUUUUUAAAACAGUAUAGAUCUACCAGCGAAGUGCCAGGCAACUGUACCAUAUUCAGUCGCACGGACAUCGCAAGGAUGUUUUUUUUAGAUACAUGCGACGUUUGUAACUAAAGCCCAGUUAUGUUUAUGGGAUGUUAUAGAAAUUGCUAAUGCCCGGUUGAGUGACAUUUAAAUAAAUGAUCGAUAGGUAGUUACAUUAUAACAUCUUAGAGAUUGCAAAUUAAGAACAAUCUAUAGGCAGUUAUUAUAAGUAAUGUCUCCAUUAAAUCACAUCUAUGUGAUAUCACACUAUAACUAACAAAUGAUAUUUAGUUUUAAAAUUUAUAUUAUUGUUUAUGUUUUUUUAUUUCUUCUUGAUCAAAAUGUUUCAACAUUUACUGAUGUCAAUGUUUUUGUUUGACUUGAACAUUUUGUUACGUGCCUUCUGCAAGAGACGCGUGCGAGCCGUAUACGGUAGUACUUACCAUACAUAAAACAAAAAACUUACCCGAUGCAGUAGGCUUGUAAAGUAUACAGCACCGAAAUAUAGGUCGUAACAUAAUAUGAACAUGUUAUAAUACUAAUAUUGAUAUAAUAAAUAUGCAUAUUUAAUUUUGGUUUUGACCGUCGCUAGAAUCCGGGGCAGCAAUAAAAUAUAGAUAGCAGUGACUAUGAAUAACGGGUUGCGGGGGUCCCUCGGAGCAUAUAUAAUGUCGCCCGAAACAUCGUCUAAUCAGACAAGUCCACCACGAUCAAAUGCGAACAACUUUGCGUCACUCUGUUUUAUGAAAUGUUUUUGGACUUGGAAUAAUUUUGUGUGUGAAAUUAAAUUGUUAAUAUUUUGUUGAUAUUUUUCGAUUUAUUUCAAACAUUUUUCCUCAAAGUCCUUUUCCUACGUCGAGCCCGUUACAAUUUAAAAGAUGAUGGGCAUUUGGGCCAUGAACAAGUAAAAUUGCCUUUUUUAGAUGUUUUUAUUAAAUUAAUAAGAAUAACAGGUUAUUUGUUUUCUGCUUAAAAAAUACCUAAUACAUACUGUAAAACCAUUAACCAUUUAUCUGAAAUGCAUAUCUAUAAAUUAAUAUAAUCAAAUAAUAAAACAAACAUGUUUGUAACUAAUGCAAGCGUUAUAUUUAUUAAUAUAAUAUAUUAAUUUGUAUACCUAUAAUAAUAUUUUAUACAUUAAUAAAUAAUAUAUAUAUAUAUUUAUAUAUUACUAUAAAACUACUAAAAUGGAACAAAAAACUUUUUUUUCCUUAGAAAUCGCUAAUCGUUGCUUACAGAUAUAAAUUCUCAUCUAUAUCUUACCUUCCCAAUUCUCCAGCUACAACAGUGGCUGCACCCGUCCCCCUUAUCCAAGGACAGCUUUCUGUUAUAACAUGAAAAAUUAAAAUAAAAUAACAUGAAGGAAAAUCUUUUAAAAGUUCUGAUACUAUAUAUUUAACAUGACACUCAGCGUUAAUUAUUUUGAUUCCAGACACACUACAGUUUUCUUUAAACAAUUUGAAGAAUUUUUAAAUGACUUUUGUAUAAUAAUUUUGAAUGUUCAUAAUAAUAGCCAAGGUUGUCAAAAAUUUAAAAAUUGGUGCUGAUCAGAAUCAAUCAAUGUUUUAUUAUUAUCUAAACAUUUUUUAGAAAUUAUGAUAGAAAAUGAAUCGUAUGUACAAAUAUCACUUACGAGGCACUUUUGGUUUUUAUCAAUUAUAAUUGAGGAUUCAUUAUCAUUCCUUAGCACAGAAUUCAAAUUUUCAUCGCGUCUAGAAUAUGUAAAUAUAAGUUUUCUAUUCAAAUUUCAAGUCACUGCGAAUAUUUUUAACUAAAUUAAAAUAACAAAAAAACAAAAUUAAAAAUAGUAAAAUAAUUAUUUUCGUAAAUUUUCCCCUUCUUUCCACAUUUGUUUUUUCUAUUUUACUCAAUUAUUAAAAAAUCUAUAGGGAAAAAUCAAAAAAACGCUUUUUCUUUAUAAGCUUUUUAAUAAUUUACCAAUUCGAGGAUUGGAUUUACAAUUACUUACAAUGAAUAAACAAUUGUUUACAAUUUGUCAGGAAUCUUACGGUCAAAGUGGUCGAGCUACGUGAACUCGACUCUCCAAACUUAUUUUUGACUUAACGGCCAAAGGGAUAAUUUACAAAUUCGGAAACUAAAUUUACAAUUGUUUACAAUUCAUCCGGAAGCAAUCGGCCAAAGUUGAGGGCCAACUUCACGUACGUAAGUAAAUCAAAAAAAUGACUUUCCUAGAUUUCCGAGAAAAGAUUUUGAUCAAAACUCCCUGAAAUUGAUGAAUAGUAUAGUAAAAUCUGCCUAUAAUGAACACUAGUGGAACCAACAAAUGUGUCUAUUGUAGUAAGGUUAUAGUGUUUUUAUAAUCAAAUUUAUCUAGCUACUUUCGGUUUCCCGAUGCCAAUUUGUUCUGCAAGUUUACAAAUAGACAAGUCGCUAAUGUCUUUUCAUUGAAUUUCUGCUUUUUGCUUUAAAUCGAACGAUUACCGCAGAACAAAAGAUGCAGUUCCAAAGAAAAACCAAUAGACCCAGAAUAAAAAACGCAGAACGCCGAUUUCUAAUUAAAAUAGAAUAACAGUGCGUUUUAUUUUAUCUUAUUAUUUGUCUAUUUUAUUUUAUUGAGGAUUUGAACCACAAAAAUAAACGUUAUUGUUUUCAGUUGUACACAAUUUUUCGGUUGUCAGUCACUAUGCCGACCGGGAGAAAUAUUACUGUCCUCGUCCCUUAUGGGGAGAGUUCGUUAUAGAUAGGUUAAAUUACAUAGAAAUAGGUACCCAUCUUUUUGCCGGGAUUUCGUACAAUAAGAGAUGACAUGUUCAUGCAGGCACAUAAGUGUCUGCUAAGACAGGAUUCACUGUAAUACGAGCAGAAUCUAAAAGUAUACAUAGGGACCUAACAUUGUUAUAGACGAAAUCGAACGCGGCGCAUGUAUAAUAGUAAUAAUAUAUUAUUGACGUGUGCGGUGACAGAAGUUUUCGUCGAGUGACGCGACCCACGUAUACGCGUUCGCGGUUAAAUGCUCAAAAUACAAUAAUAUACUAUGUACGCGAAUAUAAUAUAUGGGACAGUAUUUCGACUUUGAUGGAGUUUGCUGAUGUAUAAACCGAUCUCGCGUGGGUGUGUUCGCGUUUCAUCGUGCAAUAAAGCGUAUUAAUAUAAUAAUUCAUAAUAUUCUAGUACCGUCUGUAGUCGUUUUAUUGCAGCAGACUCUCUAUCGCGUAGGAAGGUAUACAUUCGUACAAGUCACGUUAAAAUUAUUAUUGUACAAUUAUUCAUACGUGUUACUUAUAGUGUUGUAAUUCAACUAUAUCUGUAUAAUCAAAUGCCAUUAUUCACAUUAUCGUAUAGUCGAAGAUUUAAUGGAUUUUUUGGUGGAAGGAGGCGAAUGGGGGCUAGAAUAGCACUGUAAUACAUUAUUAUUAUUAUUAUUAAGAUUGGCUUACUAUAUAAAAUAUAAAAUUUAGGGAUGGUGCUUUAAACUGAUUUUGUGGGGUCACCAGCUCGCCCUUUUCAAUUUCCGCUUAUGCUUGGUAGAUAAUAAGUAAAUAAUAAUGACAUAAUAAUAUGUUCACAAAAUGCAUAAAACUUUGUAUUGAUACUUUGCGGUCUGACAGAGUUUUUAAAAAAUCGGAAAAAUGAAAACAGGGACAACAUAUUUGUAUAAUUAAUGGGUACAACAGAGAGAAAACAAAAUGUAUAUUUUUGAAAAAUUAGUUAAAAGAAGAAAAACAUUUAUACAUACUCGUACACUUAUGUAUUUAGUGACGUAUAGUUAUGAGCAAAAUUAUGGUUGCCCCCUCCAACCACUUGAAAAAUAAAUAAAUAAAUUACCUAAAAGCCACCUCCCUUAAUCCGGGCUUGUACUUAGAACUUGUAAGUAAGUAUAUAAUAUAUCUUUGGUGUGUACAAAUCAUAUGAUAGGUACAUAUAGAUACGCGCAAUAAAACAUUUUUCUAUAGCGAUUAGAAAGUUUACCGUGAUAAACUUUAAUACACUAUAGUAACUAACGAUUCGUUAGGUACCGAUAAAAUUACCGUGUAGUCAGCUCCUCAAUUUAAUUAUAUCUAUAAAAUUAAUGUCUUGUUUUUUGUUUUCCUUUUUUUUCAGAGAAACUUUUAAAGUGGAAGUAAACUCCGACGCAACAAAUUUAGCGUAUAGAUCGACAUAUUUACAACUCCACACUGAUCUUCCGUACUACGAAUACGCACCUGGGGUAUGGUAACUUUUAAACUAAAAUUUAUUUGUUAAUCUAAAUAAUUUAUUAUAUUCAGAUACCGUUAUAAUAUUAAUAUAUUUUUUGUCAUCUGAACACUUCCAGUAGCUCCCUCUGGGCUUAAAUGAGCUAAAAUCGGGAAUUAUGGCUAUUUUAUCGACGGAUUGAAGUGAUAAAAGUUUGAUUGAAUUUCAAUAUAUAUUUUACCGUAGUUAUUGUGGCAAGCGGGUAUAUUUUAUAGCUUUGAACACACCUACACGCCACCCAAAUGAAAUCAGGUGGAGAGAAUUUUGUAUACAUGUGGGCGUAGUAUCUACGCUUUUGCAAGUACAUGCAUUUUGGAAGCUCAAAUUUUAAACCUUUGAUCUUACCAUUUUAAUCUUUAAAUUUUACCUUUAUUUUAAUAAUAUCAAGUUUAUAAUCCUUUUUUUUUAUGAAGUACUACAGACCUUUUUUAAAUGCCUUUUACACACUUCCAACAAACUUCUCUAUUCCUUUCGGUCCAUCGCAUCAUCUAAACGCUUUGACUCGACAAAAUAUGAAAAAUCCAUCUUAACCCAAUCUAACCAUUGCUGGCAAAUUUUUCCUUUUGUUCGCUUUUUCGUUAGGUUUCUGAUCAAGAUAUUUCGUAUCAGUUUUUCACCAACACACCAUACAUGAACACCCCACUUCAGUUUCUUCGCUUUCAGGAAAAAUUUAAUAUUUGGAUUGUUAUAUAACCUUUCUAAAUCGUCGUUUUCACACCGCUCAUAUUCCCCAUUUUGUUUUGGAGCAGGUCCAUAAAUUUUCUGUAAAACUUUUAUUUCGAAGGUGAGACAUUUAUCUUCGUUCUCUUGUAUUGUGAACCAUGUUGACCAUAGGGGCUUAGUCUUAGUACCUAAAUUAAUAAUGCUUAUUAAUUAUUUUGCGUUAUACAAAGCAGUUUUUCAAUAUUGACUGAUUGUUUGGGGUGGAUUAGGUGACAGUUUUAUAAACAAACUGAAUACAAAUCAGAAUAACAUUGUAAGAAUCUGUUUUAAUAAAUCUUCCUCACAAGGAUCUAAGAGGCAAAACUAUAAAGAAUUGUGUGUUCUUCCGAUUAAGUUUCUCUACAACACAUUUGAAAUUAUAUCCAUUAUUAAGAAUGUCAUCAUAGGUGAAAAUAGGAAACAUUAUGAUGGUGAAAAGAAAUGUAGACUUUAUAAUAUUCCAGUAAAAUACACACGUAAAGCUUUUGGGCAAUCCUUUGUUAAUUAUAUAGGGACUGUUUAUUUCAACUCUAUAUCAUACUUAUAAAAAAAAUGUUUAAAAAAAAAACUCCUAAGUAUUUAAACUCAUCCACUUGUUCAAAGAAGUAGCCCACUUUUAAUGCUGCUUUAUUUACCACAUGUCUAUUCAUUAAAAGGUACUUAGUUUUAUUAUCAUUUAUAACAAUGUUCAUUCUGUGGCUAGACGCAAUUAAUUUCUCUGUGAUCUUAACUAUAUUUUUCCAUAUCUUCUAAUAUAACAAUAUCAUUUACGUACGCAAAUAUUACAUUUUUGCCGUUCAACUUCAUUUCGUGACCUACUGACCUACUAGAGAUAUUACAUCACCUUGUUAUAAUCUAGAUUGAACCUCAAAUUAUAGUGAUAACUCCUGUUGUUAUUGUACUUUACAAUAUGUGUUUUAAUUACAUAUUUCUGUCAUUCUGAUAAGCUUUUUUAGGAUUUGGAAAUUCCUCAGCGCUGUCCAUAGUUAUCCAUUGACAUUGUCAUGGGCUUGUUUAAAAUUUACAAUCAUUGUGAACAGGUCAUUAUUAUAUUUGUAAUAUUUCUGCUGAUUUCCUUCUUGUGAUCCCACACUGUAAAAGUACACAAAUUAUAUUUCUAUUAUAUUUUAUUUAGUUAUUUAUUAUUUUACAAUGAAUAUGUAUAUAUUACAAAAUAGGUGGAGGAAAAUUCGACUCUAGUGACGGUAGUAUUCUUCUGCUCAUUUUUUGUAAGAAACGAAUAAUAAUCAAAAUGAAUUUUAGAAUUUAAAAAUAUAAAUACCCUUAAUAACAUCAGCACUAAUAAUAAUGUAAUAAUAUAAUACCCUUAGCAAUAUUAUGUAAGCUGUUUUUGUCAUUAUAGAAAUUAUUAACUACAAAAUAAUAUUUAAAAAUUAUUCGAGCAGGUAGUUCUUAUUAAAUUUGUUUACAUUUAUAAUAGUGAUGGUCGUAAGUUAUUACACCGAACAGUGGAGGUAUUUUGUUAAAGGUUUUUCACCGAGUUUUUUUUGUGUAUCCAAUUUGAAAAUUAAUUCUUUUUAAUAUUGCGAUGUUCGUUUGCAAACCAAAUGGAAAUAACUAGGUAUAUAUUAUCACGGUUAUUUGUGGAAUUGAGAGACUAAAGAAAUAUCAUUUCAUAGAACCCACGCUUAUUUUACGAUACAAAGGGAAAACUUGAAGACGGAAUUCGGACCCUUGGCAAGAAUUUUAUCCCAUGCUUGGCGAACCUAUAAUAAAUAUGCACAGGUGGGCGAUUUUUUUUGUUUUGAUCAAACAAGUAUCUAACUAUCUACAUCUACGUCAUUGUAUAGUGCUAAUUAUUCAAAUAUUAAUUUUUCAUAAUUAAAUAUUCGAAUAUAUUAUAUAAAUGUAUAUAAUAAACACAUUGGAAGAUUUGAUUGAAUUUUAGUGUGGAGGUGAGGAGCUAUUUUAGUGAUGAGAAAAAAAAUAAAAGAACAUCACACUUUUAUUAUACUAUUAUACCUUUGUUACAUCUAUUCGUUGUCACACAAAAAAAGUUAAUAAGUAUUAAGUAUAAGAAAGUCAUUCUGAUUUCGGGGUCAUUAUCAUUUUUGAUAGACUAUAGGUAGAAUAAUAAUGUAUAUGUAUCUUAUUUUUUAAUAAUUUUAUGGAGACUGUGGAUGAUUUGGAAGCCCAAAUCACUCUCUAGCUCCCUCCCCAAUUUCAAAUAAAAUAGAACAUUUUCUCGUUUUCAUAAGUUUUUCCGGUUUUUCUAAAUUAUUAGAAAUAGUUACGAAGAUAAUAAUAAAAAAAAAAAUACCUCCUAAAUUUAUCAAAGGGUCCCAAUUUAUUGUUGCACUAUUGUCUAUUGAUAUUAUUUAAUAGGAGCAAAAUUUCUAAAAAAAAAUUGAUUACAGGCAUAAAAAAAAAUAAUAAUAAUCAUACAUUAUAGUAAAACAAAUACAUUUCUCGCUCCGCUCAGAAUCUAAAAUAAAAUGUUUUUAUUAGCUAUAUGGGCAAUUUAACGGUUAUUUUUUGAUUUGAGAGACUUACGCGUCGGGGCCGAUGAAUGGUGAUCCGUUGAUCGUGAAACUACUAAUAUAUAAAUAACAACUAGAAAACUACUAAUCAAAAUUAAAUACUUAAGAUAAAAUACAUUUUUUUUUUUGUGCAUAUUUUGGUAUUUCUUUUAACUUAAAAUGCAUAUUUUAAUUGCAUAUUUGGUAAUUUUUUUUAGUACAUAAAUGCAUAUAUAUUACAGUUAUAUUAAGUGUAUAUACAUCCAAACCUAACUAUUAUCAAAAAAUAAAUAAAUAUUUACAAAGUUUCUAAUAACUUAUUAGUAUUCGGAUAAUACUGAUAUGCGGAUCAUCAGUGAUCACAUAGAUCGAUAUGUACGCAACUUAAUAUUAAUAAUAUUAUUCGGUUUGUCCGAUGUCAAGGUGAUACUGUUGCACUGCAUUAUUCAGCCCGAGUGUAGCGGCGGCGAGAGCGAAGUAGCUGACGGGUUAUCCGUGUGCGAGAGUCUGAAAAAAAUUAACGCCGACCACUACGACACGCUGUCGACCGUACCGGUGCGGUGGAUCGAUCGCGGACACGACGGCGGUUACAGCUUUCACAACGUCCAUCUCGCACCCGUUAUAUGGUCAGUGUUCUUAUUAUUUAAACUUCAUAAAUAACUGUCAAUCCUAAAUUGUAUCAAUAGUAUAUUAUUUAUACAGUGUUCGACUCGUGUGGGGGACACGCGCGAACGGAAUAACUCAAAUAUUUUUUUCAGAAAUUUAACGUACGGAGAUACGAAACCGAUUAAGUAUUAAGUGAAACGCAUAAUUUCAUUCAAAUUUGAACAUAAAACGAUUAUAAAAAUAAUAAUUAUUGAAUUAAGCUCAAUUUUUUUUUUUUUUUUUUUAAGCCCGAAAUACAUAAAUACAUAAAGACUGUUAUCUAUGUUGAGUAAGCAAUAAAGCAUGAUAAAAUAUCAUGUAUUCUAGGUAAUUAUUUUUAAUUUAAACAACAAUAUUAUUUUUUCACAAAUUAUUUGUUUUCGUUUAAUAUAACCAUAUGAUAUUAAGACUUAUGAGUCAUUAAUUACUAAUUAGUCUUGCAAUUAUCGGUUAAUAAUAAGCAAUACAAAUUCUUUUUCCAGAAACUAGAUUUAGAAUUCAACGAUUUAUAACAAAAUAUGCAUAUUAUGAAUUAUGGGUUUAUGGCUCGAUAUAACCAAAAUAUGUGUAUACUUUUUAAGACUAUUAGUAUAGUAUAGCUAGUGUUUGGAGUCAGAAAUAUUUCAUUAUGUGGUGAAAUAUUACACAAAAACGUGAAACAUCAAAUCUCAUUUUUAUUACCUUAUUAUUUGGAUUUAUUUUGGAAUAUUUUAUAUUUAUCUAUGCUAUUUAUCGCUAGGAACAUUGUUUUUCACAGAAAGCGGCUUAUCGUAAUCAUACGGUCGACGACGGCGCAUGAUGAUUAUUAUUAAAUUAUAACUUGCAAGUAUUUAGUAUUGGCGACUACAAAUUUAAUAGGUUUUGUUCAUUAUCAUUAUAAUAUACGUAUACCCAUAAAAUCAGUGAUGAACUAAUGACAAAUGUAAGACGGUGAAAAAAAACAUAUUUCAAAAUUUUACAUUUCAUGAAAUUUUUAAACACUAAUUAUAGUUAAUGAUGAGUAUUUAAUUAUUGUCCUUUUUUGAGUCUUUAAAUGCUUAUAAUUUAAAAAAAAAAAUCAGAAUAACCAAAUGUUCUCGCAAAAGAUUAUACCGUAAUUGAAAAACUCUAGUAGUACCUAUCCGGUGAAAUUAAUUUCCCUGACCUCUUAUCCCUAAUCCGGAUUAUAACUAAUACCUACCCGCAAUACCAUAAAUCUUUAAUCUUUAUUCUAUCCCUACAUAAUUAUUUCUCUCUAGCAAAACCUAUCAAUUAAACUCUGGCUAAUUUAUUAAUUAACAUACAGAUAACUCAUAUUUUCGAUUACAUUUUGUUAAGUUUUGGUGUUUAGUUUUUUUAUUUAUUAAUAUUUUGUUCUUCAGUUAUUGCUUUGUAGUUUAAAUAUUUAUUGUGUUUAUUCCUAUAUUCGUAUAUGUCUGUUUAUUAAUAAUACGUAGAUAUAACUGUUGAAGUGUUUAUCGUUUAAUAAAGGUGUUUAAAGGACUCCGUGUUCGUUUAUAUAUUACGCAGAGAAAAAAAAAGCUGAUAUGUGGAAGAUUGGAAUGUAUAGGAUGUACGAGUAUAUGCUACUAUUUAGUUGGCUGUAACACAACUCCGCAAAUUUCAAUUACCGUUACAUUUAUUUGCUCUUGUUAUUAUAGAUUAUAAUUUAUAAUAUGUUUAAACGAAUUAUUACAAAUUUGUUAUAACUUAAAAAUAAAAAUUUAUUUUUAAAAUCAUGUGGAAUUGUAGGUAUAUGUGUAUAAAUGACUAUUAAAACCAUUACGUUUCGUUGAUUUAGCUUAUACACUGAAAUCAAUGAUAAAUAAUUGCUACCACAAAAACGAUUCUGAACACGGUUAACUAGUAAGGUUAUAUAAGUCGUUUUUAACCUAUGUAACUAAGGUAAAAUAUAGAAAUUAACACUAAUAAAACCGAUGUACCGAUGGAUCGUCAUUUGUUUUUGGUUUUAAUUUUUAAAUUCAGAGCGUAGCGAGAAAUCUAUUGGUUUUACUGUAAUGUGUAUUUUUUCCUUCUGUCUUUAAACAUUUUUUUCAAAAAGAAUUAUUGCUCUGAUGUAUAGAGUUUAUUACCAUUUCUGAAAGGAAAUUCUUCUAUUUAGUGCAUUGAAGAGGUAAUUUUUUAUUAUUUUUUAAUUUUUGCGAAUUAUGUUUUCUACCAGAAAUAUUGCCCUAAUCAAAUUUGUUCCUUUUAAUAUAUAACCACUGACAAAGAAAAUCGUUUUUCGAUAUCAAAAGUAGUUUUCAUAAUAAUUGGUAAAACUACUAAAGACGAAAAAAACGAUUUCGUGAUAUAAAAUUGUGUUUUUUCUUUCAGAAAUAUUUGUCUAAAUUUCAAGAAGAGCAUAUUUUCUAAAAAAAAUGUUUUCUUGUUUAUGAGUAAGAAAUUCGUAUGAUUUUUCGUAUAAUUUUCCUAAAAAUACGAAAAACCAGCAAAAAUUUAGGAAAUACAGUAAACUGUACGGAAUUUGGGUUUUUGAUAGGUAUUCGGUUAAAAAUAACCUAACCUUAUAGAGAUCUGUAGUUUUCAGAAAAUACAUUCUUAAAUUGGCGUUUUGUAGACGCGAUUAAAUUUUCAAAACAUUCUGAAUAUUAUUAGGCUAUUUAUAGGUAUUUAAUUAGAUAUUUUUUUUUGUGUUUUUUAUGUAUUUAAAUUUAGUAAAUACCUGUUAUUAAUAUUAUAUGACUUAAGAGAAACGCAAGUUACAUUAUAAGUUGUACCUAGUGGCCUAAAAAAUAAUUUUAAGUGUAAUGCAUUAGUUUUAUUUUUCAUAAGCGUUUUAAGAUCAAAUGUUGACGAAAAUGUUUCAAAUAAAGCACCAAAAGACGAAAUAUUCUCAUAAUUUAAGUAACAAUGUGAAUAAUGUGAACAUUGUUUUCCGAUAAAAGAAGCUAUCUUAGUAAAACUAUGAACAUCUUCAUCACACUCAGAAUUUAAAAUGAACAUUCACGUAUAAAUUUAAAAAGGAAUAGAUUUAACCUCAUUUCGUAUUUUAAAAUAGAUUAGGAAUUGUUUAUUAUUAUUAUUCGAUUAAUACCUUCGUUGUCAAUAAACGUCUUUUCUGACGCAUAAUUUAUUAUUUUGUUUCACACACAGAGUUGUAAAUAAGUUGCAAGUUUGUAUAGUAGACGGGAUUUGUUUUUACACCCAAAACAAAAUAAAUUAAUCUUCUUCUCUGGUUGGUUAUAUAAGUUAUGAUCUAAUUUCGUCCUUUCAGAUCCGUUCUUAUUAUGUACGUACCAACUCGAUGGAUGAUCGACUCUCGUGGCCAAUGCGAUUUCAUCAAAAUUAAUACGAUACAUGAAAAUACAAAAGAAAAUGAGAUAGUAAUCGACCUGCCAUUGCUAACGAAAAACCGAAUCUGCGCAAAAUUUGGUUAAACAUAUUUUGAUAAACUUAAAUUCGUAUUAAUUUGUAGCUGAAUAAUAUAGUUGUUUUUAAGAUUUGUGUGGAGUCAAUAAUGUUAUCCACAUAAAACCAAAUAAUACAAAUUUAAAAAACGCCCAAACAUUUUGAAUGGCUGUAGCCUAUAAAUACCUCAAAAAUCAUCAGAACGUUUUGAAAAUCUGAAAAGAGCUUAAAUAAAAAUUUCCGGUAAAUAUGUCAUGUCUCUUCGAUAAUUUUCAACUAAAUCACAACGAAAAAACAAAUUACAGAAACCGUUAUUUCAUAAAUAUUCCAUUUUUUUCUGAAGUUUUACUCAAUCAAUAAACAAGUUAUAGGAAAAAUGAAAAAUAUCUACAUUAAUGCAACAACUAGAUAAAACAAAUUCUUACAUAAUAUUAUUCCUGAAAUUGAUGAUCGAAGCAAGAUUUCUAGUAUAAAAUUGUUUACAGACAGAAAACCUAAGAAAAGCACUAGUUACAAUAAUACCUACAAUAUUAAUAUUCUUGUCUGUGCUCAGAAACUAAAAUAUUGUCACCUUGUUGGUGAUAAACAAAAUAAAAGCCCUCAUUACUGUACAAUAUAAAUAGAGAUACUAAUGCAUUUUUUUUUUUUCGUAUUAUUAUAGCCGUAAAAAAUAAUUGUGUUAUAAGUUAUAAUAUUAUUGAUUAAUAUUAUUUUUUAUCGUAGUUAUCAUUGUUAGUAUAUUGUCUGCAGUGUAGUAAUUUUCUAACUGCAGUGCAAUAUAAUAUAUUAUAUAGUUUCAAAAUUAUAUUUCACUGUUGGUCGUUAAGUCAUCGUGAUAUGAUUGAUUAUGCUCCUCAACAAUUUCAACAGAAACUUUUAAAAAUCAAUUUAAAAACCUCCGUAAUAUAAUUUUCGUGUACCUGCCUAUACAAUAAUAAAUAAUAAUAUAUGUACCUAAUAUAAUUAUCCUAGAAUUAUUAAUUAAAAUUGUAUAUUAUUUUGUUUACAUAGCGAAGACGGUCACGGUCAAAUCAAACGAAUUAAUUUCAGUGAACCUCAUAGAGAUUCGAAAUUUCCCACGUCAAUAAACAACGUUCACCUUUGGUACGAUGCGAUCGAACAAUUCGUAAAGAUAGCGUACGACAAAAAGGUGCUCAGUACAUUUAAGAUGAAGCCCGGUAUGUUAUCAUAACAAAUAAAAAGUACCAUAAAUUACCACGCAAUUUUAUCAACUCGCGUUAGGUAUCAAUACAACUAUUAUAAGAAUACACAAUUUUAUUUGAAAAUAAUUUAAAUCGUUUCGCUUUAGCGUCGCAAAAACCAAACGAAUAGGUACUCGAAAAAUCGAAACUUAUCAAACACCUAAAUAAAUAAAAAUUUAACUCAUCAUAUUAAGAAUGAUAAUACAAAUCCGGUGAAUAUUGUUUUAGUUUAUUUUUAGAUUACUUCUCGAGCAUUAUUUUGUAAAAUGUCCAUACGAAAUUCUGCCAUCAAACCGCAGAAUACUAAUAUGGUUUCCUAAAUGAUACGUGACGAUUGACAUUUAACUUAUACCUUGAAUGGUUAUAUUUUUUUUUCAAGAACUGUUCAGAUUUAUUGAUUUUAAAAACAAAUUUCGGUUUGACCUAAAAGAUUUGGGUUCGUAAAAUUAUAGUUUUUAUGUCGGGCUUGGAUCGCGUUUUCCAAAUUUUCUCCGAUUUUGUAAAAUUUGAUCAUCUGCUUUUAUCUCUUAAUGAUAGGAACUUUUCAUUUUCCACUAAGCUACUAGCCUGAAAUAAGUUUAAGGUGAAAACUUAUUCGGUCGUUUUUAUGGACGAAUGUGACGUUGUAGAUCAGGAAGAGGUGACAAAUAUUAGUCUUAUGCUUUCUAAUGUCCGAUUUCAGUUUUUGAAGUACGCAUGGAUGAUUUGUUGACAAACUGACUGUGUAUGUUAUUUUUGAAGUCGAUUCUUCGAUUUAAAGUUCGGUACUUUUGAGAUGAAUACAAAUGUAAUGUGGUUAUCUUACGGAAUACAGGUAUGGCAUGCGUUUUUAAGACGGAGACAGUACUUGUGGGCAUGGCGUCCUUAAUAAUUUUGGAGGUGUCCAUAACUGAAAAUUGAAAAUCGACUUCUUUAAUUUUCAAUAUAGUAACCGUUAACAAAUCCAUACAUACUUUAAAAAUUAAAAUCGGACAUUUGGAAGUGUAUCGAAUUUUCCACCGCUAAUUGAUCUAAACCGUAUGCAAAACAGGUGUUCUGACCCCGUAGCGAAUUAGUUUUAUUUGUGAACGCAGGAGGUAGAUAUAUAAUAAAUACCCAUUUUAGUUUAUGCGCCAAAAUUAUAUAAUAGCAUUUAUACACUACACCCAUACGCCCUCGGAAGCUAAUUAAUAUUAUUCGGAUUCGGUUGUAUUCGAAUAAUUUCAUCCAGUUAUAUCGCCCACCUGUGUGUAUCAGUAUAAUGUUGUUGUUGUUUUUGUUGUUGAUUUCAGGGGAAAUUUUGACCUUUGACAACCACCGAGUGCUACACGGUAGAAAAGCGUAUGAAGGAUCCAGAUUGUUAAUCGGCGGUUACUUGGACUGGGAUUUGAUAAAAUCGAAAACGCGUGUACUCAAAUCUCAACUUUCUAACAAAAACAUCGUCGAAUAAUAUCAUCACAUCAUUAUAAUAACUAAUAAGGUAAAUAACUUAAUUGAUAACAACAAUAUUUAUAUUGUUUAAUUAAACGGUGCAAAUUAACCCGUAAUUGCAAUUUCAUAUUAU